UCCAGCGCUGGAUUUCAAGAUACCGCUCGGAUGGAGAUUUAAAACUCGACCGAGCCAUGACGGUCCAGAAGAAGAGAUGAAGGGACGCAUGAUUAACACUCUGUAGUGCUGGUGUGCCCAUGAGAAAGACAAGACAUCAUCUCAAGUGGAGCAAAACUCAAAACAGCUGAUGAGGAGCAGAAAGAAGAAGAAGAGAAGAUUUGACAAAGUAUGGCUACACCUGAUCUUUUAGAUCCCAAAUCAGCCACACACAACACCAAACCACGGUUGUCUUUCUCCUCCAAGCCCAUUGUCUUCAACUCGGAGGAUGAUUGUGACACCAUAACCACCGUUAUGAAGUGGAAAACAGUAUUGGCAAUUUUCCUGCUGGUGGUUCUGUACCUGAUCAUUGGAGCCACCGUCUUCAAAGCCCUGGAACAGCCCCAGGAGAGCUCGCAGAAGUACCUCAUCUGGAGGGAGAAAAUUAACUUCCUCUCCACGCAUGCCUGUGUCAACGACUCUGAGCUGGAGGACCUGGUGAAGCAAGUGGUGUUAGCUAUCCGUGCAGGGGUGAAUCCCUCAGGGUUGAAUCACACAUCCAAUGAGAGCAGUAUGUGGGACCUCAGCAGUUCCUUCUUCUUUGCAGGGACUGUCAUCACCACUAUAGGGUUUGGAAACGUCUCUCCACACACAGAGGGAGGCAGAAUCUUUUGCAUCAUCUAUGCCCUGCUGGGGAUUCCACUCUUUGGGUUCCUUUUGGCUGGAGUGGGCGAUCAGCUGGGAACCAUAUUUGGCAAAGGAAUUGCUAAAGUGGAAAAGAUGUUUGUGAAAUGGAAUGUGAGCCAAACUAAAAUCCGUGUGACCUCCACGGUCCUGUUCAUCCUGUUCGGGUGCCUGCUGUUUGUAGCAAUCCCCGCCCUCAUCUUCAAGCACAUUGAAGGCUGGAGCGCUUUGGAGGCCAUCUACUUUGUUGUCAUAACAUUAACCACUAUUGGAUUUGGGGACUUUGUGCCAGAAGGGGCCGAGAUUGAGUAUCUGGACUAUUAUAAGCCAAUUGUGUGGUUCUGGAUCCUGGUGGGUCUAGCCUACUUCGCUGCAGUUCUCAGUAUGAUUGGAGACUGGCUUCGAGUCAUCUCCAAGAAGACCAAAGAGGAGGUCGGAGAGUUCCGUGCUCACGCUGCAGAAUGGACAGCUAAUGUGUCAGCAGAAUUCAAAGAAACACGGCGGCGUCUAAGCGUGGAAAUUUAUGACAAAUUUCAGCGGGCGGCUUACAUCAAACGCAAGCUGUCGUCAGAGCUAGAUCAAAAUCCAGGGCAAGACAUGAUGCCGUGCAAGACGACCCUGUCUGUUAACUUCACUGAUGAACUGGAGAAAGAACAACCCCCGACCCUGACCAAAAACGGCAGCCUCUACCUGAACGGUCUUACUCCAGACUGCCCUGAUUACGGCGAGAUCUCCAUUAUUGAACAUCUCAAAUAAGGCGAAGAACUCAAGCCUCAAAUGCACAUAAAAACAAUUAUAUAUAUUAAAGAAGAAGAUACUCUUAUCUGGGUCUACAUCUAUGUUUGAUAACGAAGUUAUAUCAAAAACGUUCAUACCUAGGCAGCCUAUCUUUCCUGGGUGUUUAUGGAUUUGCUAUUAUCACCAUUAUCAAUGUUUUUGAAUAAUUGAAAUGGUGAAUUAUUGCCUUGUACCUUGUGAAAUUAAUCUGUCUACAUUUUGUAAGGAUUAAGAUAAUUGUCGACAAAGUCGAUAUUCUUUAUCAAAACAGGACAGCAGCUUUUAUUAUCCAGUAAAUUUGUGCCUUAUAUGCCAUGAGGAACAGACUUUCCUAAAGCUGUUAAUGCAAUGUGUAAAUACAGCCUACUGCUGGCUACAAGCAUAAAGCUUGAUUUAUUGUUUGGCAAUCACCUAUAUUUGCCAUUAGCCUCCACAUGGUUUAAGUUUACUUAAACAUAUCUAUAGCCAAAUGUAACUUGAUGACUGUAGAAACAGGUAGAAAGAAGAAAGGCCAAAGAAAAAAAAAAAAUCUCCACUGGAGAAACAUGCUAUGAUUUUUCAGACUGUUCAGAAACAAUUUAUUUGAUCAUAAACAACUUUUUUUUCAUAUGGUUUUAAUAAUAGCAUAAUUUUUGGGUAAUGUGCUGUUUUGACUUUGAAAAAAGUAAUUUUUGGACUGAAUUUACAGGAGGAAUGACAAUGAAUGUUACUCAAAGUGUAUGUUGGCAUUGUGUCAAUGCUGAGUGGAUAAUACACUGUAACAAACACAUUUGGUGCAUGAACAUUGUUUUAGCCAUUUUAAAUAGCAAAAGCUUUAUUUUUGACACUUGCAUUAAAUGAAAUAUGAAUUGCAUGUAGCAUCCCACUUAAGUCUCGUAAGUCUCUUAAUAGUGCAUACUAGUGCAUUAACAAAAACAUUUUCAACAGUGAUAAGUUGGAAAAAGAAGAAUGGAAAGAUUGAGUAAACACCAGCUAUACAUUCAAUUGACUAAGUUUUUCAAUGUAAAAAUAUUCAGUUAAUUCAAAAGAGAUAUAUGAAUUGCAGUGUGAUGCCAACAUUUUCCUGUUUAAGAAAAUAAUUAAUACUUUUACACAAUUUUCAUUGCCUAGAUAAAUUAUUUUAGAUUUGGUACAUUAUAGUUGGCAGGUGUCAACUGAUUAUAGGAAGAUAGUAAAUUAAUUUAGCCUUUACUCUGUCUAUACCACUAGUACUUUAAAUUCAUUUAAGCUAACAUUUCUUGAAACUGCUAAAAGUUUUAUCAAGGUUAUUAAGCUCGGUUUCCUAACACCUUUAUAUUUUUUUUCAACUGCAUUUGUACAAGCGUUCCCUUUUUUAGACAUGAAAUAUGAUGUUUCUAUACGGUUUAACAUCUCAGUGCUUUGCAUUUAAACAAGCGCAAACCAAUAUUUUUAUUCAACAAGAUAUUGAGGAUAUUGUUUUUAACAUCUAGAAAAAUUGCCACAUUUAUUGGAAAGUGAGCUACUAGAUUGAGCCCUUGUGGGAAUGAGCGAUGCCACACUAAACAAGUGCCCUACCUACAACAACCUCAAACAUGCAAAAACCACUGUCAGAACUUUCCCCAUAACCCUGUCCUAUUGCACUCCCUGAUACAGUCAAAAGUUGAUAGCAAAUCUUGCCGUCAUCAUGAGCAAAUCAGGGAUGUGCACUUCAAGCAUGAGCAGAUAUUAUGUAAGCAUGUCUAAACGUCCAAAGAAAACAAGAGCUGCAGUGUGAAAGAACAUUGCCACUCAAUAAAUCCUCUUGCUAUGCCACUAGUCUCAUCAGGGGUCAAUCAGUAGAGGACAUCCCCAGCACAACUAAAACAACAGAUUUUAUAUCUGUAAACAAAACGUGUGUGAACUUGGAUGACUCCAAAAAUUAAACCGACCAUAUAUUGUGCAUCCAUCCAUCAUCCUUUUUUCUAAAUGCCAUAUCUAACAGGCAUAAAUAUGUGAAGAUGGAGACUGAAUGUUGAGAUAUUUGGUGCCAAAUAUCAAGCAGAACGUGUCUGUUCUCAUUUAUAAUUCAAUUGCAUGGCAAGAAGGAAAUGUCGUAAUAUAUUAUUUAAUAAACACUUGCUGU